UAGUGCUUGUGGACAGAAAAUAUACUGUGGUUGAACCCUGUGAAGAAAAUUCGUAUUUGGCCAUGAAGCCUAAAGGAUACAAGUAGUUUCACGCAUGCUUACUAUUUGUAGUGUGUUAUAUGCCAGUCAGCCAGUCAUGAGCAUGUAAAAAAGAUUGGCAGAGCUCGCAAUGCUUGUCCAGUUCCCGAUGCACGAGGAGGACGCGUCUAACAGGACGCGUUGAGGUGUUAUCUUUCUGGCGCCCAAGUGUUGUCCAUACUUCAACAUUCUCAACACCAUCCCUUCUAACCAACAGAAUGCCAGGUCGUCUCACUGGAAAAGUGGCACUCAUAACUGGUGCGGGAAGCGGCAUCGGCCUUGAAGCCAGUAUCCUGUUUGCAAAAGAAGGCGCCCAAGUAGUCGCUGCGGAUAUCAAUGAGCAAUCGGGACAAGCCACCGUUAAAAAGAUCCACGACCUUGUUGGGCCCAAGUCUGCCGUUUUUGUUCGAGUUGAUGUAGCCAAAGAGAGCGAUAUCGCCAACGCCGUGAAGGUUGCCGAAACUGAGUAUGGGAAACUGAACAUUGUUUUCAACAAUGCGGGGAUCAUGCAUCCCGCCGACGAUGAUGCUAUUAACACUGAAGAGAAAAUCUGGGAUCUGACCAUGCAGAUCAAUGUCAAGGGUGUUUGGUGGGGUUGCAAGCAUGCCAUUCCGGCGUUGAGGAGGGCUGGUGGGGGCAGUAUCAUCAAUACCGCCAGUUUCGUCGCUUUGAGGGGUGCGGCCACUCCCCAGCUAGCUUACACUUCAUCGAAAGGUGCCGUCCUGGCAAUGACGCGCGAGCUUUCCGUCAUCCAUGCCCGCGAAAAUAUCCGAGUCAAUGCCCUCUGCCCAGGCCCGAUCCGUACACCCCUCCUUAUGGACUUUUUAAACACCGAGGAAAAGAAACAACGACGAUUGAUUCAUGUGCCUAUGGGCCGGUUUGGAGAGGCAAUUGAACAAGCGUACGCAGUCCUCUUUCUUGCAUCCGACGAGUCAUCCUUCAUCACGGGAACUGACUUUUUGGUGGAUGGUGGGUUGACCGCGGCGUAUGUGACGCCCGAAGGACAAACCAAGAGCCUUCCCCCGCAUAGCAACUUUUCUGGAGUGUAACUGUGUAGUUUAUAGAUGAGCCUUGUAAAUCUUUUGAAAGACUUGAAUUGGCCGGAUCUUCAAUAAACAAAAGAAAUUGACCCGAGAAACUGGCUUAGCUCCGAAGGGUCCGAAAGUCCCCAA